UAGCUAUAAAAGGGAAUGCAACCUUUCCUUUCUUGAACACAUUUCUCUCUCUCUCUCUCCUCUGCAGUGAGUUUCUUUAAACUUUCUAUUUUCUCCAAUCUCUAUUAGCUUUUGGUUCCUUUGAUCUAACCUAAACUCCUGAAACUCAAAAACUAGGAGGAGGAUCUCUAUCCAAUGGCUAGAGAAAAGAUCAAAAUCAAGAAGAUUGAUAACAUUACUGCUAGGCAGGUGACUUUCUCAAAGAGAAGACGAGGACUUUUCAAGAAAGCUGAAGAACUUUCUGUUCUUUGUGAUGCUGAAGUUGCUCUCAUCAUUUUCUCUGCAACUGGCAAACUCUUUGAGUUUUCUAGCUCAAGUAUGAAGGAGACAAUUACAAGGUAUAAUCUGCACUCCAAUAACCUGGACAAACUUGAUCAGCCAUCUCUUGAAUUGCAGCUAGAAAAUAGCAAUAACAUCCGGUUGAGCAAGGAGGUUGCUGAUAAGACCCAUCAACUAAGGCAGAUGAGGGGAGAGGAUCUGCAAGGACUAAGUAUAGAGGAAUUGCAACAAUUGGAGAAGAUGCUUGAAUCAGGACUUACCCGUGUACUUCAAACUAAGGGAGAACGGAUUAUGAAUGAGAUCUCUACACUUGAAAAGAAGGGAGCACAAUUGCUAGAAGAGAAUAAACAGCUAAAGCAGAAAAUGAUUGCAUUAUGCAAGGGAAAAAGACCUGUAUUUUUGGAGUCAGAUAUUGUUGUCCAGGAAGAAGGUUUAUCAUCGGAGUCCGUCACCAAUGUUUGCAGCUGCAGCAGUGGCCCUCCUCUUGAUGAUGAUAGUUCUGAUACUUCUCUCAAACUAGGGCUGCCCUUUUGAAGAUAGUGGGAUCUGGUGCUGUGAAGAUAUGUAGAUUCUGACAAGGAAUAAAGAUAGCCCGGCCACUGUCUUUUGAAGAUAUAAAGCCUUCUGUGGUUCUGCUAUAUAUAUAUAUAUAUAUAUAUAUAUAUAUAUAUAUAUAUAUAUAUUUCUAUGUUUGUUUGAAUCCUCAUACAGGUGAAGAUCGAUCACUUUGUUCUCUUACCUGUGGAUUAUUAGUCUCCCUCUCAUUCGACCUGUCUUUGAGAGUAUAUGUAUGAGAAAAAUCAAACGUAAAACAGGGCUAGCUUGUCCGAUUAUAAAUGUUACAGUUAGGACUUCGAUUUAGUUAUCGAACUUUGCUAAUAUUUGUAUGAAUUAAGAUGAUGAAAGCCACGAGACUCUAUAUAAAUAUAUGUAUUAAUAUAA